GCCAGGCACUUGCCUCGACGCAGGUAGUGCUCCACUUUUCUCGAAUCGUUCCCGUUGUUUUCUCAACAAUUGUACACACUCAGCCACUACCAAGCUUUGGGACGAAACUACAAGCAGCAUAGAUGGCGGGGAGAACUGGCCAUCAGCCGCGACCCAGGCAGAAGAAAACUUCGCCCUUGGAGAAAACUCUUGCCAUUUUGAUUCAGAGCAUGCGAGGGAACAAGAUAGUGGUGGAAAUGAAGAACGACGCCGAGAUCUCUGGUAUCCUGGAAGAGACAGAUCGAAACAUGAACUUGUCCAUGGUGGACGUCCGCCAGACGAAUCCAGAUGGCUCGGUGAGGAAGAUGGACGUGGUCUUAGUCCAGGGCAAGAUGAUCAGAUACGUCCACAUCCCCGACAAAGUGGACGCCAUCAGCAACUUGCAGAAACACAUGCGCACGAUGGACCAGCAAGGCUACCGUCGCAACAUGCUCAAACCGAAGACGUCCCAGGCGCCUCCAUAGCCUUAGUCGCGAUGAAGGGUCAGCGUUUCCGUCUGUACAUGGACCUCUGGUGUAUGUGUUUAUUUUCGUCGCUCCAGUUAGCUUCCCCACGGCCUUGCCUCUCCAAUGUAGAACUCCGACCCAGAGGUUACACAGGCAGCAGCAUAUUUAAUCCACCGUGUGGUGCGCUCGCCGGACGCGGAAUGUGGUAGUGGUCGUUUUUCGGCCAAGCUUGCCCAGCUGAGCAUCGGUUCGGAAUGCUUCAGGUUCGAUUAUUUGCUGUCGUAUUUGAGAACAUUGUGUCGGUAUCCUUUUGGUUUAUAAUACCAACGAUAGCGUGGCACUCCCAGAUUGUUGCAGAGCCCGUAAUCGCAGUUUUGACUUUGUGUUUCUCGCCGUUGCGAGAGGAUCCCUCGAGGUGGCCGUGUGGUUGUGGAUGCCGUCCGUGCGUACCAAGCCACGAGUUUGAGGCACGUGGGCGUUCUCUGUUGAAGGUUCAAGAACAACUAUAGAGUAGAGGUGUGAGCCCAGAAUUCGAAGCACAGAGCGUACCAAGCCACGAGCUUGGGGUACGUGGGCGUCUCUUUGUCCAAGAACUAGAGAGUGUUCACCCAGAAUUUGAUUGAAAUAAAGAUUAUG